UAUGUACACAUACACGUAGACAAGUAUCUACCCUGCUACGCCAUCACUUCGCCCCGUCUGAAACCAAGUCUCUUUUUUUUUUCUUUUUUUCUUUCGGACAUGUCUCUCGUAAACACGCUCGUACUUAUGAACGACAUGUUCGAUGAUGAUGAUGAUGAGAAACGGAAUGGGCUGUCACUCACUCGUCACAAACAAACGGUCCAUCGAGAGUGUGUGAUUAUAAAAUAUAUAGAUUUUCACUCACUAAACGCACAGCUGCGCUAA